AUGCACCGUAGCCAUCUGGGAUCUGCACUCCUGGCCUUUGCAAGCCUUGCAGGCGUCGCCAAUUCUGCGCCCGCAGCUUCGUCCACAGCCACGUCGUGCAAAUGCUUCCCCGGCGAUGCAUGCUGGCCUAGUUCUAGCGACUGGGCCGCCUUCAACAAGACGGUGGACGGGCGUUUGAUCGCGACGGUUCCCCUAGGAUCACCAUGCCACGGCGAAUCCUACAAUGCGACGGAAUGCCAGUUCUUGCAGGACAAUUGGCUAUUUCCGCCGAUCCACUUCGACUCGUCCUCUUCGGUCAUGGCGCCUCUGUUUGCCAACGCGAGCUGCGACCCGUUCCAGCCGCCGGACUCGCCUUGCACUCUCGGCAACUAUGUCCGCUAUGCCGUCAAUGUGUCGACGGCUGCUCAUGUCUCGGCAACGCUCAAGUUCGCGGCGCAGCGCAACAUCCGGUUUGUCAUCCGCAACACCGGACACGACUACAACGGUCGUUCGACCGGUGCGGGCGCCCUCUCCGUGUGGACCCAUCAUCUCAAGGAUACCGAGGUUCUGGACUGGAAGGACCAGUACUACACUGGCAAGGCGCUCAAGAUCGGGGCCGGUAUCCAGGGCUUCGAGGCUCUCGAGGCAGCACACGAGGCGGGAUUGAUCGUCGUGACGGGCGAGUGCCCCAGCGUUGGAAUUGCAGGAGGAUACGUUCAAGGCGGUGGCCACUCGGCUCUCAGCACGAACUUCGGCCUCGCAGCGGACAACGCGCUGUCAUAUGACGUUGUGACUCCUAACGGAACGCUCGUGACGGCCACUCGGACUCAGAACAGCGAUCUGUACUGGGCAUUGAGCGGCGGUGGUGGUGGCAACUAUGGCGUUGUCGUCUCCGUGGUUUUCCAAGCUCAUCCAGAUGCCAUUGUCGGCGGCGCAAAGUUCUCCAUUGACACGACCUCGCUGGGCUCCGAGACGCUGUAUGCCAUCAUUGAUGCCUUCCAUGCCGCACUGCCGGCCAUAGUAGACUCGGGCGUCAUGGUCAUCUACUUCUUCGGCCAGGGUUUCUUCCAGGUGCCGGCCUUGACGGCGUACGGCAAGACGCAGGCUGAGACGGAAGCGAUCCUGAAGCCCUUUAUCGACGCCCUGGCCACGCUCAACGUCGACCUGAAGCCGACGUUUACGCAGUUUUCCAGCUACUUUGACCACUUCCAGAACUACUGGGGACCUUUUCCAGCGGGUAACAUCCAGGUCGGCACGGAUCUGUUUGGAGGCCGACUGAUUCCCCGGUCCGUACUGCCGAGCUUCUCUCCGACGGCGCAGAAGCUGGUCGAGCUCGGGGUGACGUUCAUCGGCGUGGGGCUCAACGUGUCUCACUUUGGCGGCGACAACGCCAAUGCCGUGCUUCCGCAGUGGCGGUCGUCCAUCGUGGAGGCGUCGCUGACGCUGCCGUACAGCUUCCAGGUGCCCUUCCAGGACAUGCUUGCCACCCAGGACACCAUCACAAACGUCGUCCAGCCCGUCAUCGAAGCGGCCACGCCCGGCGCCGGCGCGUACAUGAACGAGGCCGACUUCCAGCAGCCCGACUUCCAGGAGACCUUCUUUGGGGCAAACUACCCGCAGCUGCUCAAGAUCAAGCACAAGUACGACCCCGAUGGCCUGCUGUAUGCGAGGGCUGGAGUGGGCAGCGAGGCCUGGACGGUUGCGGAGGAUGGCCGAAUGUGCAGAACUCAGUCAUGA